GCUUGCAGAUCGUGUGCAUGUCCAGAAUAUUACCACUGUAUGCAAUUAUGACAUCACAGAUGCGUUUGGAGCAGCAGCAGCAAUUGGACAAACACAACAAAAUACGUGAGAUUAAGAUUUAUUUGGAGGAGUACCUGUCUAACGAACAUGUAAAAAAGCGUCUCGAUGAACUCGAUGAAAUUAAGACGCAGUUGAAGGAGAAGCAGAUGGACGAAGAGGAAGAGAUGCAGAUCCCGACCUGGAUUUCAGAGUUGAUCGAUCAUAGAAAGAACCGAAGAGAGCAGCCAAACUCACCGGAGGAGUCCACAAAUACUGAACUGGCUGGACGGAGUGGAGCAGGGGAUAUCGAAGCACAGAAUUGACAACCAAGCCUACACCGACGUUUUAAAUAAAUGAGAUCAUGGGUUGAUUUAUCCAUGGAAUCGCGAGUUAAUUCUUCUGUCUCUAGGCAACUACU